AUGUUAAUGAGGUAAAACUCAAUCGGACCGCUAUCGCAAAAAAUUUACUAAAACUAAAGAAAACUCUAAAUUUUUGACAAGAGAACUAAAGCCAAAAGUAAUCCUCUCUUUCUAUUUAAAAAAAAAUUCCUUAUUCCCUUAGGAAAACAAAUCGAGAAGAAGACGAAGAGAGACAAAAAAAAGAAUGAAAAAGAAAAGAAAAUUAAGAUCAGAAAAAAAUUUUUAAUUUCAAUAAAAAGACAGAGAGGAAAAAAUUUUAAUUAAAAGUAAUUAGAAAAACCAAAAAAAUUUGAUAAAAAUAAAAUUUAAAAUAAAAAAAUAAACAAAAUAAAUUAAAUUAAAUAUAAAAUAAAAUAAAAUAAAGAGAAAGUAAGAUAAACCAACCCAAAUAAAAUAAUAAAAGCAAGUAAGAAAAAUAAAAAAUACAAAGAGAGAUAUUCAACUAACAAUACAUUUUUGUAAAUAAAUAUUUAAACAUAAGAGCUAUAUUUUUUAUGA